AUGAAGUUCACAGCUGUACUCGCGCUCAUCACACCGGUCAUCGCCUUCACCGGCACCGGUAGGAUAAAGACGCCCCGAGACGAAAAGGUCAGCUACGACGGCUAUCAAGUCUAUCGCAUAUCAACUGCCAACGCGCCACCAAACCAACUCGCCCGCCUGCGCUCGUUCCCGUCCAUUGACCUCAAGGGCUCCGUCGAAGUCGCGAUCCCGCUCAGCGAGGUUGAGUCACUCAAGACUCUGGGACUGCUGGACGGCGCGCAGCUUCUGGACGAGGACCUCGGACGAGCGAUCAGGGCUGAGUCCGAGGCCGAAAAGAAGCCUGGCCUGACUAAGAGGGGCGAGCUGCCGGACCUGAGCUGGUUCGACUCGUACCACGCGUACGACGACCACGUACAGUACUGGAGGGACCUCCACGCUGCGUUUCCCGACAACUCGGAGUGGCUGGACAUUGGUGCCUCGUAUGAGGGCCGCAACAUAUUCGGGCUGCGGCUUUGGGGAGGCGAGGACACGGGGACGAAGCCCGUUGUUCUCUGGCACAGUACCGUUCAUGCCAGAGAAUGGAUUACUACCAUGACUGUCGAGUACUUGACCUACCAACUCAUCGACGGCUACAAGUCCGGAGACCAAAACGUCACAGCCUUCUUCGACGCCUACGACUUUUAUAUUGUGCCCUUCCACAAUCCCGAUGGCUUCGUGUACAGCCAGACCACAAACCGCCUCUGGCGCAAGAACCGCCAGCCGCGCUCCAACACGACCUGCAUAGGCACCGACGGCAACCGCAACUGGAACUUCCAGUGGGACUACCCCCUCGAGGACGGCAGCGUCUCCGCCGACCCGUGCGGCGAGACCUUCCGCGGCCUCGCGCCGGGCGACACGACCGAGAACGUCGUCCUCUCGGCCCUCUCGCGGGAGCUAGCCUCCGCAGCUACCAACUCCACGGGCGACGGCGGCGGCGGCGGCAUCAGACUCUUCAUCGACUGGCACAGCUACUCGCAGCUGAUCCUCCUCCCCUGGGGCUUCUCCUGCGAGCCCGAUGUGCUUCCCCAGAACCUCCAGGCGCAGCGGGACGUGGGCGCGGGGUACGCCGCUACGAUUGCGGCGACGAGCGGGGAGGGCUACGAGGUCGGCCCGUCGUGCGAGAUUUUGUACUAUUCCACGGGCUCCGCGAGGGAUUUCCACCACGGGGCGCUGAAUGCGACGUACUCGUGGAGCGUCGAGUUGCGGCCCAAGAGCGGCGGGAGCGGGGGGUCUGGGUUCAUCCUGGCGCCCGAGUUUAUUUUGCCCACGGCCGAGGAGCAUUGGGAGGGGAUCAAGUAUGUGCUGGGUGCUGUUGGUGAGUGA